AGCCUCCACGUCAUUGAGGUGUAUUUGAGCUACACGUAUCUAUAGCCUGCGACUGCACAAAGCGUUACAACUAGACAAUUUAUCAUGGUUACACAUAUCUGAGAAUCAUAUCUGUUUCAGUUUGACGUUGUAUGAAUAGUAACCGACAAGAUUAAUCUUUCGCGGACGCGGCCCGGAAAGAAGACAUUGGAAUUCCGUUGAAGAAGAGCCCCCCCUCUCCUUCGUGCCUGAUGGGCGAGGCGGGCCCUCGCCGCUCCACCCUCGUGUCCCGGCUUCCCAUCUUCCGCCGGAGCUCCAGCAAGCGGCAGGACUCUCUGCCCUCCUCGCCCUCCUCCGGCGGCGUGGGCAACGGCGUCCACUCGGCCUCGCCCUCCAGCACUAACUCCAGCUCCAGCAGCACGGGCAAGCGCCGCAGCCUGUUCCGCGCGCCCUCGCUCAGCUUCAAGAGGAACAGCGAGCCACGGCCGCAGCCCCCGCUGGGAAGCCCCGCCCCCGAGGGCACCGCGCCGGAGACGGACGCAAACGGCAACCAAUCGCAGCAGCAGGCUUCGACAGGGUCACAAGAUGGCGUCCGCACAAAGACGCGCCAUUCGUUCGGUUUCGGGGUGCACCGACACAAGAAAAUCACCCGCUCGCAGACGGAGGACUUCGACAAGGCGUCCUCGGGCUCCUCGUCCAAUCGGAACAACGUGUUCAUCAACUGCAUCAGCUCGGGAACCAAUGAGGGCGACGACUCCGGGUUCCAGGACGACUACAGCGUUAGCAAACGCUCCAAGAAGAAGCAGCUGUUGCCAAAGUCGUUCUCCGCUCACCAGCGCUUCUCCAGGAACCCUGAGCCCUGCCGGCCCCCGGAGGUGAGCGUGGCCCCCCCUACGCAGGGCUCCACCCCUGGGUCCUGGGCCGGGGAGCUGCUGGGCUCCCCCAUCCUGUCUGAGGACCGCACCACUGCCGUCACACCCUCCGAGUUCAUCCCCAUCACCGAGGACUCGGUGUCAGAGGUGGAUGCCCUCCCUGCCCCCAGCCCCGGCCCCGGCCUCGCCCCCGGCCCCGCCCCCGGCCUCGCCCCUGGCCUCUCCCCUGCCCCUGCCCCCGCCUCGCCCCCCCCCCGGGAGCCCCUCAGCCAGUUGGUCUCCUCCUCCCAGGCGUUCUUCACGCCCGCCCAGUCGGCGGUGGAGAAAGCGACCCUGCCGGACGCUGCCAACAACACGGACUACGAGACGGCCGUGUCUCUGUCGGAGCCGGACACGGAGACCACCGUGCCCCCGCCCCAGCAGUCCCAGGAAGAGAGGGAGGAGAGGGCGGAGGAGAGGAGGGAAGCCAGGGAUGAUGUGGAGGAGGGGGAGGGCGGGGGGGAGGGCGGGGGGGAGCGAGUGGCAAAAGGGGCGAGGGGGGAGCAGGCUGAGACCAGCGAGAGUGAGGGAGGGGGGCCCACCAGGAGCGGGGAGUGUCACUCUUACCCGGAGCAGUCAGACCGGAGGUACAGGAACAUCCUGUCUGUCCAGGAAGCUGGGAGAGGAGGGCCCUGCUGUGGAAGACACGAGCCCAGGUCCUCCCACCUUAGGAAACCCCACACAGGUAGGCACACUGCGGGG